UCUCUCCUCGUCUCGACCUCGACGUGUCCUCCUUUCGUUGCUGUCCAUCCCGAAUUGCCCGUAUCGUACGCUGACUGUUGCGUCGCUAUCCACUUGCGCAAUGUCGUUGAUGCGCGGAAUUCAGUCCGCCGUAUUUCACUAUCUAUCUUGCGCACCGUGUACCCAAGCCGCUCACCGCAAGAAACUCCGGAGAGACGCAAAGCGUGAUAAGGCUGAGAGGGAAAAGUUGGAAACAGAGCAGCCAGAGCUCUACUGGCAUCCCCAUCCUAACGAUACAAACGAGCAUUGGCGUGAGGAAAUAAUUCUCGGGCCUGGCCCACCCCCAAGAAGAACAAAAGGCAAAAAGAGCCGCGAAGGGAGCAGAAGAGACCAUGUACCAAGUAGGGCAGGCACACAGGGCUCUAUAACCAGCCAUGGUGGGAGCAGCUUAGAUGUCCCCUUGAAGGCCUUCACGAUUCCCGAUGGCCGUAAGAGUGAUGACACUUUGGAUGGAGACAACUGGAACCGAAAGAGAUAUCAACGCGAGGACGAAGAGCUUUGGGGUUUUGAGGAUGCGGACGAGAUACAAUCGCAACACUCGAAACUUGGGGGUUCAAUUGCUGCACGCAUAAGUAGACCUGGGACCGCCUUCUCUUCCACCGACAGCUACUUUGGUCGAGGUCCACCUGUCAAUGACAUGCACCCACCUGUCGUCAGCAUGCCAUCGUCAUAUGCAAGAGAUAACAAGUGGAUGCUGCAGCCACCACCGAAAGCCAAAGUCAUGAACGGCAAAGUCCGUGCCAAUUCUAGAAGUCGCAGCGGUAGUGGUGGUAGUGGUGGUAGCGGCGCCAGCAGUAAAGUUGAGCUGAGCUUACAAAGACAAGUUAGCGAAAAGCGAUUGUUCGAGAAGAUGCAAAGAGGUGAGACACCUGAGAUGCCGACUUGUUCCAGGGGGGGAUCCUGCCGAGCGCCCUCGCGCGGACUAACAUACGACACAAACACAUAUACGAAUACACUUCCAAAGCCCAGUCGUAAGACGCGUAGAGCCAAGACAGACAGUCUUAUGCUUCCCACCAAUCAUACCGGAUCCUCUAGUGAGACAAUGGUCCAAACUCUUACUAUGGACGCUUCUCCGCAAUCGAAUCGCCCUACUUCUUCGUCUGGCUUCAUUCGCAUUUCUACGACCGCUCAAAGACCGAACAUUACCGUUACCGAGAGCGAUGGUCUCGAGAAUGCCACUUCAAAGUCCGUGAUUCGGGACGAGAAUCAUGUCCGUCCAAAGAAAUUACAGCAUACAAACACUGGCUCUUCCGAUUCAAGAAGUCCUGGCAUGGGUCGGCGAUUACCAUUGUUCCUCUCCGAUUACUCGCUCAACGCAUUUCAAGAUCGGUUUACACCAGCAUCAAAUACUCAAAAACAGUCUUCGAGUUCCACAGAACGAUCUCUUGAGCUACUACCCCCUGCACAUAUCAAAUCAUCCGCGAUAUCAGGAGCCCAGUAUCCCGAUGAAAAGCAGCCCAUUCGAGAUAUUGAAUGGGGUGGCAGUGGCUUUGGUGUUAGCAGAGAAUGGAUAGGAGACAUGCAACAUGUGCAGAAUCGGUGGAGUAUGGACAUCUAAAGCUACUGCUUGGCGUUGUCUAAAGAUCAUGUUACACCUGUACAUGACCCUUCCUAAAUCACGCUGGGAAUCUUGUUAAGAGAGUCAUCGAACCUCCUAAAUUCUUCAUACGCCACUACCAUCUACCUUACGACUGCCUCGGCCGAGCAUGAGACUCAAAAAUUCCUACGUCUCAUUACUGUCACUUCACUUCGCUAUUUACAAUCUUAUGUAUCU